CUUGCUGGUAGUUCUACCAUGAGGACUCAAAUCACGCGCGGCUGGCCGCCAAUCACCAGCUACCAAUCACCUGCCUACACCUGCUCUAUAAAGAGUAGUCUAACAUAUGUCUUGCUGCUCAGGUCUUCGUUCAACGCAUGAGCUGCUUACUGUGCUUUCGAUUUCGCUUCGCUAAAUCUCGUCGCCUAGUACCAUGUCGUUUAAUACAUACCCAGAGGCCGUAAUGUCGGAUUUCGAUGAGGACGCUUUUCCUCCAUCUCCUGCCGUAUCACGUAGGAGUUCGCGAAUCCAAUUAAAAUCGGCUUCUUGGGCGUCUUGGCCAACCAAAAAACUGCUGGAACUCCUGACCCAAGAAGGCGUCCCAGUGGAAGUCGGCUUGUCGCGGGCGGAUGCCCUGCAGCUUGCCGACACAGCGCUGGGGGAACAUCUCCACGCUCCACUCUCCCCAACGUUCACUCCGGAUGCCGCCGCCGCUGGCUCCGCUGCUGCGACGACUACAAAACCCGGCAAAAAGCGCGCUGGUCGGCUUACUACUUCCGGCCCGGCCAAGCGAGCGCGGAAAGCCGGUAAUUUCGUUCCACGGGAUCCUCAUCACCACCCCCAACAAAUCCCCGACGCGGACCUUCGCCAGGUUCUACACACCCUCGCCGAGUCGGUCCAAAGCCUCGGCGCCAGGAUGGAUGCUGUUGAAACACCAGGCCGCAUUCCCGGACGGGUCCAGGCCCUCAACCCGCCGUCGUUCAUCGCCACGGCGCCUUUUUCCUUCCAGCUACCAUCCGGCUCGGCUCCUUCCGCCUCCAUAGGCUAUGCUCCCGGCACGUGCUCGGGUACCACGGCUACUGCAGCCCCCGCGGUAGCCCCUUUCGCGUAUUCGCUCGCUACUGCUCUACCAGUCCAGCUCCAGGGUAGGAGCUUUAUUACGCCCGCCGCGGCUACGGUUUCUCAGACCACAAAAAAUAAUAUAAUCCAGGGCAGAGACGUUAAUCUCGCGGCGUUACUGUUACCCUCCCCCGCCAUAGAGCGUCAAUGGGUUGAUUGCGGUGACGUGUCCGUUCUUCUGAAAACGUCAGACCCUAGACUUACGCGCAAUCUCUCUUUUGGCGAGUUCGUCAUUACAUUCGGGAUUUACAGAGACAUUAUGUGCCAAGUUUAUCCGGAUAGGAGGGCAGAACUUGACGCUUACCUCGCUAUUAUCGCCGACCUCAACCAGCGCUACGCCGGAACGUUAUUUUAUGAAUAUCAUAAAGCAUUUUCUGCCAAGUCGGCCCAAUGGAUCUCCAUGCUUAAUGUGAGGAUUGAUUGGUCCACUACGGACACCGAGCUUCUGCUCCACCACUUCGGUGGCCAUCAGUCAAUUUCUUGCGCUAUCUGCAGUUCCCACGGGCACACAACGGUGCUAUGCCCCAAGACCGCUACUACCGCCCCCGUCUAUGCCCCUAAAACGCCACUCGUCCAUAGUGACGUUAACCUUUUGCAGGGACCCGCACCCGAAAACUACCUGCCCCCGCCGCCAAAGGCCGGCAAUUCAAGGGAGGGGCCAUCCCUCCAAGAGAUUUUAAAAUCUCACCCAUCUACCCCAAUUAACAUUGCUUCUCUUGCAUCAUUCCUCUCAUCGCACCCCGACUCCGGUUUUGUAGACCAUCUCAUCACGGGCCUUUCACAGGGGUUCCGGGUGGGAGUCCUUUCUCCAUUGUCCACUAAAUAUGUGGCAAAAAAUCUCCAGUCAGCUCUGGCAGAACCAGAAAUAGUGUCUGCUCUUCUGGCUAAAGAGCUUCUCAAAAAUUAUGUUAUCGGCCCAUUUAGUUCUCCCCCCUUUUCUUUCUUUAGAAUAAAUUCUCUCGGCGUUGCUACCCGGAGAUAUUCAGGGAAAAAACGUCUUAUUUUUGAUAUGUCUUCUCCUCACUCUGACUCUUUCGCUAGCGUUAACGAAUGUAUCCCACCAGAACCAUUCUCGUUGUACUAUGCCACUAUCGACCACGCCAUCGCGUUGAUAAAAAUCGCAGGCCAGGGAGCUUGGCUCGCUAAAGCCGACAUUACAGAUGCUUUUAAAAUAAUGCCCAUUCAUCGGUCCGAUUGGCCGUUGUUCGGUGUGAAAUGGCAGUCUAAAUUCUAUUUCGCAGUUAGACUAACAUUCGGGUGUAGGAGCAGCCCCCACCUCUUCAAUUUGCUAUCUGAGGCCCUAUGCUGGAUUAUGCUAAACAUAUGUAGGUUGCCAUUCGUUCUACAUCUGCUGGACGAUUUUUUGCUUAUUGACUUUCCAUCCAACCAAACCAGCGUCCUGGAUACUCUUAAGAGAGUGUUCAGCGAGAUCGGAGUUCCCUUAUCUGAAGAGAAAACAGAGGGGCCAGUUACCGCAAUCGAAUUUCUAGGGAUUCGCUUAGACUCGGAUAGGAUGCAAGCAUCCCUCCCGGACGAGAAACUACAGAGGAUCAGAUCGUUUCUCAAUGCGUUUAUAACGUCUGCUGGAGUUACUAAACGUGAAAUGCUCUCACUCCUAGGCCACCUCAAUUUCGCUAUGCGUAUUAUACCACAAGGGCGCUCGUUCAUCUCUCGCCUCCUAGAUCUGGCACAUUCGGUCCCAAAACUGAACGACGUGAUACACCUCAACGAAGGCUGCAGGUCCGAUCUCAAAUUCUGGUCGUUCCUCAUCGCUAACUGGAACGGAAUUUCCUUCUUCUAUAACGACACGCCUGAAUCAUCUGAUUCUCUCGAACUAUUCACUGAUGCGGCCCCCUCGGUCGGGUUUGGGGGUUUCUUCCAAGGCCAAUGGUUCGCUGGGAGAUGGCCGGUCGAAUUCCGCACAUUCGCCUUCGGGUCAGAGUCGUCUGCGUUGUUCGAGCUCUACCCUAUUGUGGCAGCUAGCGUUCUGUGGGGCCAAGCAUGGCGGCGUAAACGUAUCACCAUGUUUUGCGAUAACGAAGCAGUGGUGGCUAUCAUUAAUAAAAAGCGAUCUGCAUGCCCCACUAUCAUGUCCAUGCUCAGACGUCUCACAUGGCAGUCCGUCACUCUCAAUUUCAUCAUUAAUGCUGAGCAUAUACCUGGUCACCAUAAUAGUCUUGCUGAUUCUCUCUCUCGUUUCCGUUUCCAGGAAUUCAGACGUCUAUGCCCCGCAGCGAAUACGGACCCAAUAAUCAGCCCACCCUUCCACGAACUCCGGCUGGAUUAGGCAAUAGGCUAAAUUCGUUGCUAGACUCCGCGAGUGUUUUUAUGGCAAAAGCUUUAGCGCCAUCUACCCUCAAAGCUUAUAGCUACGCGUGGUCCCUGUUUAAUUUAUUUUGCAUUUCCAUGCACGUUUCAGUUCUUCCAGUGUCGGUAUCUAUUGUCUGCGCUUUUAUCGUCCACUGCUUCGAAUCUCAUAGACAUAAAUUGUCUACGAUUCGGGGGAAUAUAGCUGGUAUUCAAUUUUAUGCUAGAUGCCAAGAUCCUGGCUCUCCUAGUCUAUUUUCGGCUCCCGCAAUCCGUCUUUUAUUGAAGGGCAUGUAUAAAUCGGUGCCAAAAGUACCAGACAAACGCUCUCCUAUCACACUCGAUAUAUUGAACAGAUUAGUGUGCGCUCUUAGAGCUGGGAAAUUCCAUCCUUAUUUUAACACAUUACUUGAGACAGUGUUUCUCACAGCAUUCUACGGGUUCAUGCGUCCAGGGGAAUAUACGUCUCCUACUCAGACUUUUUCCCCUACACGGGGCCUGGCUUUUGCUGAUGUCACCUUCUCUGCAAGGCAUUUUUCCAUCUUCUUAAAACGGUCCAAAAGCGAUAGCCUAGGGGCAGGUGUUACUAUUAUCAUCUCAAGAAUCAACAACUCUCUCUGCCCUUACGCUUCCAUGCUCCUUUACCUCAAGCUCCGGCAAUGCA